AUGCGUACCUCUGCUCAACGGCCCGACCUAAAUAAUGACGCGCAGUCGAUUUUUGGCGCAAAAAACUCCUCGUUGUGGUCACCUGGCAACCAAGAGCGAGGGGAUUCCAGAGUACCCAGACCUCGGCGUCUUCAUCAACCUUCUGGAGACGUUGAUGUUCGUCCUGAAGGAAUAUCCAACUUGACCAAUAGCUUCUACCAAACUUCACCAGAUUCGCCUGACGCCAACAGUGCUUCCUUAGUUCCUGGAUUCGCCCCCGGAAUGAUUCAUCUAGGCGGUGACGCGUCGAGCUUCGCCGUUCAGCAGCAACUAGUUGUAAGCCUCCUUAUCUGA